AUGCGGUUUUGACAGUUCUCGGUUCUUCGUAUUGUCACAAUAUCGAAAUGUCACCUCACACCGUUUUUGUAUUCCCUUCUACCGAUGCACUCUCUGAAGGCUUGAACGACUACGUUCAAAAGCUCUCCCGACAAGCUAUCGCUAGCCACGGAAAGUUCACUGUAGCAGUGUCCGGAGGCUCUUUGCCCAAGUUGCUGUCCAAGAAUCUUGCCGGCAAUUCUGCCAUUGACUUCUCCAAAUGGCACGUUUUCUUCGCUGAUGAACGUUGCGUUCCAUUAGACCAUGCUGACUCCAAUUACCUCGAAGUUAAGCAUCAGCUCUUGGACAAGCUCAAUGGCAAGAUCCCCGACGCCAACGUUCACACUAUCAACGCUUCUAUGGUGUCAGACGCCGAGAAAUGCGCACAGGACUAUGAGCAGCAGCUGAAGGAUGUUUUCGGUUCUGACUCCACACCCGAGUUUGACUUGUUGCUUCUGGGCAUGGGUCCUGAUGGUCAUACUUGCUCGCUCUUCCCUGGACACCCUCUUUUGGAUGAAAACAAGCGAUGGGUUGCUCCUAUCUUUGACUCUCCUAAGCCUCCAAAGGAACGCAUUACCUUGACUUUCCCGGUCGUCAAUAACGCCAAGGAAGUCGCUUUCGUCACCGCUGGUGAUGGCAAGAAGGACAUGGUUCAGAUGAUUCAAGAACAACCAGAGUUGAAAUUGCCCUGUCAACGAGUCAUGCCUAAGAGCGGAGAGGUGUAUUGGUUUAUCGAUGAGCCUGCAGGCCAAAAGCUCUCCAAAACUCAAAAGUACAAGCUGUAGAUUUAGAUGGAAAAUUGAGUUUUAUUGUAGAAUAAAUGAGAAAACAUGAGGAGUGUUAUUUUUGAUGUUACAGUGAAGUGU